AUGGAGAAGGCAACCAUCCGACCAGGCAUCAACGCCAUUCACCUCCGUCUCGCCACCAUGAUAGGGAGUCGCGCCGGCCGCCAUUCCCUGAUUCGCUGCCCCAUCGAGCCCGACAUCCUGAAGUACAAAGACCCGACGACAGGAGGCCAACCCACUCUUCCCAUCGACGUGCACGACUCUCCGAAGACCUGCAUGAGUCGGCAGGUGUACGACGACGACGAAGACGAUGAGGAAGAGGAGCGGUUGAGGUCUAGGUUGACGUCGAGGUCGGUUUCCAAGUGCAGCAGUCGACCGAGCCAGACUAUCAGCGUCUCGACACUCAAGAGAUCGUCCCGUACAUAUCGUUCAGCCGCCGACUCGGAUCCCUCGUCGGGGUCGUCAUCCAGAAGUUCGAGCGCCGACUCUUCGUCCUCUGCAUCUACGCAGGAUGAUAGGACAGAACGCCGGCUCAAAGAGCGGAUCAGAGUAGCGCCGGCUGUUCCUGACCCAGUACCUGCCCGCCCUGAGCAUCCUCGAACUCGCCGGGGACACAGGAAGAGUGUCGUAGAGGUGGAAGAGAGCGACUCGGAACCCGAAUAUGAGGAACCCGCCCCGAUCCACGAGAAGCGAUCGUCAUCUCCAAGAAGUCAUAGACACCGUUCGAGAUCUCCAAGUGGUUCCCGCAGGCAUCGCCACCAUCGCGAUCAUCACGGUGAAGGACGCUCCGGCUCCUCAUCCAAGCGCCCACAUAAGAGAUACUACGAGUCCGAGGUAGUAUACUCUGGCAAUCCUCCACUCUCACGGUCGCAAACCGCUCCCAGCUCCCAUGUGACCUCGUCACAGAGUAUGAGCUCCUCAUCAAGACGAUCGUCAACAUUUCUGGGCAGUUUCUUCGGUCAACCCGCCCAUCUGCACCAUCAGGACAAGCCGGUAAAGACGUAA